GGAGAUGGUCGAGUGCUUUGCCCACCUGGCGCAGGACCCCGCCUGCCGCGCCAUCGUGCUCUCAGGCGCCGGGAAGCUCUUCACUGCCGGCAUCGACCUGGCGGAGAUGGCCAGCGUGUUCAUGAUGGCGGAGGGGGACGACACGGCGCGGCGCGCCUGGCACCUGCGCAAGAAGAUCCGCGAGUACCAGGAGAGGGUCACUUGCCCCAAACCUGUGAUCGCAGCCGUGCACGGAGCCUGCAUCGGGGCAGGUGUUGACCUCAUCUCCGCCUGUGACAUCCGCUACUGCACCGAAGACGCCUGGUUUAAGAGCAAGGAAGUGGACAUUGGGCUGGCGGCCGACGUGGGCACCUUGCAGCGCCUGCCCCGCAUCAUGGGGAACCGCAGGUGAGACCGGG